AUAAAAAUUAUGGAAAACUCGCAAUCUCUAUCUUUAGGAUCUAGAAUGAAAGGGGAAACCAUUAUAAAGCCUAUAGUAUACGGUAACGUGGCAGAAUAUUUUGGUUAUAAAAGGGAAGAAGAUAACCAUACUCAUAAAUGGUCUGUGUAUCUAAGACCAUAUAAAGAAGAAGAAUUAUCACUGUUUAUCAAAAAAAUUCAUUUUAAAUUACAUGAGAGCUAUGGGGCAAAUCAAAAUCGUAUUUUAACGGAACCUCCCUACGAAAUUACUGAAACUGGUUGGGGAGAGUUCGAAAUUGCUAUAAAAAUAUUUUUCAUAGAUCCUCAAGAAAAACCAAUCACAAUAUAUCAUAUAUUAAAAUUGUUUCCACCUCAUUCUUCACACAAUACUUCAAUUGAAUCAAAUUUUAGUGGUAUACAAUUAUCAAAUACAGAUUCUAAACCUAGUAAUGUUGUUUCUGAAUUCUAUGAUGAAUUGGUAUUUCAAGAACCAACAACAAUUAUGUACAAAUUAUUAACAAAAAAUAAAAGCGAAUAUUUGGCAAUAGCCAAACAUGCCACCAAUUUUGAAAACAAAAAGGAACAAGUAUUACAAGCAAUAAACAAAGCUCAAUCUAAAAUAAAUUUUGAGAUUAAAGAAUUAAAUGAAAAACUUAAAGUUAAUCAAGAAAUUAUGAAAAAUUAUCACAAAGAAAUUGAAAAUCUUGAAAAAAUAUCAGCAAGUUAAUAAAUUAUCCUUUUAAAAUUAUAAUUAAAUACAAAGUUUAAAUGACCAUUUAAAUUUAUGAACAAACAUAUUUAACAAAAAAUAAUUAGCUACAAGAUCUUAUUAGCUAAAAAAGAUGCUACUCCCAACCAUGAAUUAUACUGAAUCCUCUAUAAAAACAAUGUAUUAUUAUUCACUCAACUUAUAUCAUUUAGAAUUGAUUUCAAUAAAAUACUGUAUUACGAAUUUCUGCAUAAAACAA